AUGAAUUCUACAAAGAAGCAACUGGCAGAAAUGUUAACGGAGUUACAGUCCAGAAGCAAAGCUCAAGUCAUUCUGGAAUCGGGUUUUUUGACUUUGAUUUUGUUGUUUUCGUUAGUCGGGAACUCCAUAACUCUCCUAGUCAUGCUGCUAAACCGUCGGCGACGAACAAUUACUAAUAUGUUAGUGGCAUCACUCGCUGUUUCUGACUUAUGUUUGGGAGUUCUCAAGUCAGCUCUGUCAGGACCUGUUGUCCUGGUGACCUCCAAGUGGCCUUUUAAUGAUUGGACCUGCCAAUUGGACGGAUACUUUUCCAUCACUCUGGCAGCUGCCUCGAUUCACACAUUGGUCUUGAUGGCGGUUAACAGAUUUUUCAUAAUUGUCAAGCCAUCGAAAUAUCGCCGUUACUUCACCAAGAAGAAAACCAUCAUCAUGAUUCUUAUGUCGUGGCUGUAUUCAAUGUGUGCUCCUCUACCAUAUUUCCUCAGCGGUAAAAAGAUGGUCUUUCAUCCAUCCAAGUUCUUCUGUUAUCUUAGAAUCGAUAGUGGUGCAUUCGGUGCAGCAUUUCUGGUUGCAGUUUAUGUAGGGAUUCCAUCUUGUAUUAUCUUUUACUGUUACCUUAGAAUCUUCAAGACAAUUCGUAGUCACAAUAACAACUUGCAUCUCCCUGGCAACGGAAUUAACACCGUGAAUGUGGAAGAAAUUAAAGUGGCACGCACAAUAUUUGUGAUAGUGGUGUGUUUUAAUCUUUGCUGGGCUCCAGUUCUCUUGAUUGACAUCGUGGACACGAUUCUUGGGAGAUGGACUUUCCCUCGCGAGGUGUACGUAGCAUACGCGUUUUUGGCCAAUAUCAGCAACGCGUUGAAUCCCUUGAUAUACGGUGUGCUUAACAAGAACUUCCGUAAUGAUUAUAUGAAGGUGCUAAGCUGCAGAUACUGCUAUUCUCAAGCUGCUGUAGAACCAAACGCGGGGCUGCCAGGAAGUGCAAAUGUUUUGGAGAUAAAGCAAUUGCGCGUGCCUAAUGUAGGGAUGGAAACGAAUUAUUAAUUUCUAUUGCAAGUAGGUGGAAUAUGAUAGUCCGGGUGAGUCAGUGGAGUCUUGAAUAGGACUGUUGAUGACAGACCCCCUUGACACUGACUGACCUUUAGACAACCUGCGCCGUAUUCAUCUUCAGAGUCAAAGUGAGUUGUAUCACUCUAGUUGAUGGUAUUAUGUAAACUCUGCUUAUUGACUUGGUUGGUCAACUAAGUCGAGGUCAUUAGUUGUCUGUCAGUUAAGCCGUGAUGUUAUUAGCUAUGAAGACUCUGAAUGGGCUGGGUGCGUCUUUUUGAGCGGCGGUUGUUGUAAGUUGGUUAACCAGCUUUCUAAUUCUACAACGACUCACACUAGAAAACCUGGUUUACUAUAACUAAAAACAAACGCCGCCGAAUCAAAGUCCAAGCCAGACUGAUUGCUUUGCCGCCUACAUUCGUGUUUCAAGUUUAGGCCAUUUGAAAGGUCAGGUGCCUCUGGGGACGAGAGUGACUCUAUUUGCACCUUGGCUUCUUUCAUUUUUUCAUGUUAACUUUUUUACGCACUCGCAAUGGGAGAGUGCAAACCAUUACAACAUUCAAGCCUUAUCGAAAGAAAAGUGUACUUAAUAUCCUUAAUAAGCAAUUUCCGAGUUUCCCCGGGCCUCUGUAUCGAAACGAGGUUAAGUGCUAGGCCUUUGGUAUGGAAAUGAUUUUUCAUUCUUAUGCAAAUAAAACUCAUUUCCGCAAGAAAGGUUGUACACUUUUCCUCAUUUUGAAAGUGAGGGUUUUUGGAACUCGGAGGUGACCUAUUAUCACACAUUAAGUUUGAUACAGAAGUAGUUUCAGACUUGAGAAGCUAGUUUUGUGGAUAGAGCUGAGGUAGUUAUCCACGAAACCCAUCGAUGUAAGGUAAACUUCUGAAGAUUUAGAAAGGCCCUGUCCACACGAAUCCUGGAAAGUAUCCGGUCUCAAUCGUCUCCACGAAUUCGCAACUCCGUCAGAUCCAAGGACAUCCCCUUUGGAGAGCGGUUUCAAAAGGAUGGGUUUUCCAUGAGCGGAUUCAGUGGUUUUGUGUGGACGGAAGGCCCCAAAAUAUCCCGAUUCGUGCAAAGGGGGGCAGACACUGUCUGACGUGAGCUCUCUAGCACGAACUGGUCGAAAUAACAUUAUUUACUUUUUAGAAGGCAUUUCUGAUUUUAUUUUUAUUUUAUUACCUUCGCCACCAUAAUAUAAACACAUUGGUAAUCAAACAAAGUAACAAACAAAAAGUGGCAGGGAUUCCGCAACAGCGUGAGCCAGUUACUAGGGGCCCAGAAAAUUAAAAAGAUAUAAGAAUAGUUAAAAGACAUAAUCACAAAAUUAAAAGCAACACGAGACAGGCUGGGCAAGACUACGGCACUUAUUACAUUUAAGACAGACAGACUCGAAAGUGCAGGGAUUUUCCUAGUCGUAAUUACUUAAGGCGGUUUUGUAAUACUCUACCAUUUCCUGUUUAAAAUCAUUAAGGGUGUUCAUGCGCAGGAUCAGUUCAUCAGCAAAAACGUUCCGGACGCGUACACAUCUGAUGAUAUAAGAGUUUUGAUAAGUUGCUGCCUGAAAUUUAGGCUCUACCAAUUUAAUAACACCACUGGAUGAAGAUCUGGUAGGCCUCGUCAUGUGAGCGUUAGGAAAAAUUGAUAGAUCUACCGAUAUGAGAUCAUGAAUGGUUUUGAAAAAAAAAAAAAAAAACGUCAUGUCUAGAUAUUCUUGCCACAAUGUUAAUGGAAGCAGAUCCAAAGAAUCCAUGUAAGAAAUUGUGCAGGAAAAAGGGAAUUUGAGAACAUAUUUAGUGGCACGCCUUUGUGUCCUUUCAAUUCUUGUAAUUAGUUUGAUAAACUGAGGAGCCCAAAUUUGGGUUGCAUAGCCGAAUAGAGGUCUAACUAAAUUGAGACAGACCGAUCGCCUAACGUCAUGUGCUUUUACAAAUGUUCUUCCUUUUUCCUUUCACCCUAAAUGUUUUACAGGAAGAGAUAAUUUUAGCCGGCUUAAUGUACGAAAGCAACCGUUUUGCCUUUUAUAUAUAAAACUGGAAAAAAUGAUGAUACUACUAAUAUAAUAAUAAUAAUAAUAAUAACAAUAGUGAUAUUACUACAAGCAAACAUUUUACCAGACCAUACAUAUAUUUUUCCCGACAGAAACACAACUUCAUCAGAAUACCUCUUUCUAACGAAUGCUAAACCCGCAUCUGUUAAAACUGGUUUCUUUUCCCUUCUAUAAAUAGCAUGUUUUACUUAAGCUUACUUAAAUAAACGCUCUUACAAAUUGCAGUAAUAAGAGAUGAACUAUUUAUUGAGCGGGUAUGUUUAAAUUAUUAUGUGAACUCUUUAAUGGCUAUUUAAACAUCAUAAAAACAGUGAAAUAGCAUGCUAUCCACACAAUUAGCUAAUUUUUGAAGAAAAUGAUAAGCUUUGGAAACGCGGCUUCAUCUCAUAGUGGUUUGAUUCCAUUGAAAACUGUGUACAAAAAAAGAGGGGAAUUGCUCUGGGCGAUCGCGAGUAAUAAGAAUUUUAUUAACUUGCAUUCAGCUGCUUUUGUUACAGCUUUUGCACGUAAGUUGGUCCACGCCUACAAAUUUCGUAUUUUCUAAAAAACCGCUAGAUAAAUUUUUUUAUAAAUUUGACAAUCCCGAGAUCAAUUGUCAAUAAAUAUACCCUGCCAGUUUCAAGAACAUUGAAAACAGGGAAGGCUUUUAAAUAGGGCCUCAAAUAUGACCAAUUUCCCCCCCAGAUUUUGUGUUUACAAGUGAACGUCCUUAUUAUUCAGUGGCAUUGUUUUCAAGAAUAAUAUGCACGUGCUCAUUAAGCAAAAAAAAUAAAUUUGCAUCAAAAAGAACUUUCGAUUACUUUCGGCAGAAAUAUCCGGAAUAUGCUAAUAAUUGGCUUGUGUCACAGAUAGUACUGAGAGCCGAGACAGUGAAAGUCACGGCUCAUCUUGUAGGAUGUAACACUUAAUUAUCUUACUCGGGUUAUGACAUCACAGAAACUCUCACAAAGAUCUUGCUGUGAUGUUAGAAUAUAUCACUAAUUUCUUUACCCGGUUAUUAGCAUAUUCCGGAGAUUUAACGGAGGGUCCUUUUUGAUGCAAAUUCUAUCUUUUUGCUAAAGGUGCACGUGCAUAUGAAACUUGAAAACAAUGCCAGUGAAUAAUGUGGACGCUCACUUGUAAACACAAAAUCUGGGGGAAAAAUUGGUUAUAUUUGAGGCCCUAUUUAAAAGCCUUCCUUGUUUUCAAUGUUCUUAAAACUCGCAGGGUAUAUUUACUGACAAUUGAUCUCGGGAUUUUACAAUAUAUAAAAAAAUUUAUCGAGCGGUUUUUUAGAAAAUGCGAAAUUCGUAGGCGUGGACCAAAUUACGUGCAAAAACCGUAACAAAAGCAGCUGACUACAAGUUAAUAAAAUCCUUCUUACUCGCGAUCGCCCACAGCAAUUCCUCUCUGUGUUUGUACACAGUUUUCAAUGGAAUCAAACCACUAUGAGACGAAGCUGCGUUUCCAAAGCUUAUCGUUUUCUUUAAAAAUUAGCUAAUUGUGUGGAUAGCAUGCUAUUUCAAUGUUUAUAUGAUGUUUAAAACUUCGUUUCAAAAUAUUUUGAAAACGCUCUCAUAGAAUUUGUUCAAACUUUGCAAUAAUUGAGGCAAUUAUGGCAGGUACAAACUCCCUUAAGCGAUUUCUUAAAAAAACUCCUGGUGCAGAGAAAGACAAAGAUAAAUAAAAAACCAAAUGGCGUCGUUACGUUGCCAUGGCGACUCCGACUGCAAUAAAAUCCAGAUCAUAAGAAAUUUUCAUCUUUAUAUAAUACAGUUGUCGAAACUCAUGGCGACUUAAUUAAUGCUCAAACUUGGGAGGUAUCCCCCCCAAAAAAUCCAGUCGAGCCAUCUUAAAAUCAUUCAAGUUCUGCUCAGUUUCUUGCUUGAUUAACAAGGCUACGUUUGUGCAUCGCAUCUUGUUGAAUGUCAAGCUUAAAACAGUAAGGAUGGGCUGACAAUAACAUCAUAGUGACCCUGAACAUUCUAACAUUUUGAAGAGCGAUAUGGAUAUCUUGAAGGCCUAGGCGUAUCAAUGGAUGGAAUGGGUAUUCUGCUAUUUAUAAACUCUCCGGGUAUUUUCGUCGAAAACAUAUUUAAAAUUUUGUGGAUCUUGUUACAUAUAUGAGAAUUAACGCCUCCCAUCUAUUAAAAGCCCCCACUUAGGUACCCCUAAAUUAAAUAAACGCUCCUGGCGUCUAUUAGAUGCUUUACGUUAUUCAUGGUUUGUGCGCGUUGCUGCUUUAACAGGCGAUUUAAACUUUUCCUUACGUCCAGCACAUCGACCUGCUUGGAUCCGGCGGUGGUGUUACGAUCUGUUACCUCGGUCAGUGUAUGUUUUCUUUGAGUAACAUUGUCUAGGUGAGUUCAAGAAAAGGAAGAGAAAUGAUCAAAAACUGCAUCCUGAAUAACAGAACAAGUCAAAGGAGCUGUUUCACGAAAUUUCUCAACAUUUACUGGAAACAGGUGGGAGCCGCCACCAGAUUGUGUGUAACAGAAAAAUCACAAAACACAAAUCGCAGCAAAUACAAAAAAGGCAGGGAUUUGUAAGCUUGAAGAAGAUUAAAACAGUUUGCAAUAGCAGUUUUUGAAACUUGUUAGGCUAACAGUUUGUCAAUGGUCGUUUUUGUGAUUUGUAACGUUUGAUCAAAUGCCUGGGAGGCAUAUUUGUUUCGCACGAAGCUGUGGUUUUGUCAUUGGCAAGUAAUUCCUUUUCCCAACGUUAAGUUCCCAUAGCGGACAAGGACGCGUAAUUGGGAAUGUUAACAAAACUGAGGUUGACAGCCGUAACACAGUCCCUUUAAUUAGGGAGCUUAAGCAACGACGACGGCGACGGCAACAAGAACGGCAAUAAAACAACAGGUGUAGAUAAGCAAAACAACAACUCGUGCUUCACGCUUUUUUUGUACAUUUCUUCGCCGUCGUUGCACGACUACAACGUGAAAGUGCCUAAAUUAAUGGGAACUCAAACGUGAACAACUUUCCUUUUCUUUUCCUAAACUUUGAAACAGUCCUUUAGAAUUCAACUCCAAAAUCAUUUGCCAACAUUUGACGAAGUAAACGAGAUGGAAGAAGCGCGAUAAAGUUUGUAGCAGCGCAAAUUCACUUUCUAAGUGACGUUUUCGUAGUCGUCGCCUUCGUUGUUGCUUAAGCACCCUAAUGUCUCAUAGACACUGAAAUCACUUCCCGCCAUGUUAUUUUAUCUAAUUAUUAUAUUUAACGCCAUAGCUGGAUGCGACUGACUCUGUGCGUAAUGAAUUUAACUAAGAAGCAACUGGCAGAAAUGUUGAUAGAGUUACAGUCCAGAAGUAACGCCAAAAUUAUCCUUGAAUCAGUUUCAUUCGGGACUAUUUCCUCAUUAAUAUAAUGUUAGUUGGGAAUUUUAUAACUCUCCUGGUUGUGUUACUAAACCGUCAAAGAAAACAACUCCUAAUUUGUUAGUCGCAUCACUCGUUGUUACUGACUUAUGUUUGGGCGUUUUCGUGUCAGGUCCGUUAGGACCUGCUGUCCUGGUGACCUCUAAGUGGCCUUUUAAUGAAUCGACCUGCCAAUUUCAGGGUUACUCUGCUAUUAUGUUGACUGCUGCAUCGAUACAUACAUUGGUCUUAAUGGCUGUAAACAGGUAUUUUAGACUUGUUAGACCAUUAAAGUACCGCCGCUACUUCACUCAAAGAAAAACCCAGUUCAUUAUUGUUAUAUCGCGGCUUUCUUCAAUGUGUGCUCCAUUUCCAUAUUUCUUAAAUGGGUACAAAAUGGUUUUUCACCCAUCCAAGUUCUUCUGCUGUUUUAUAAUUGACAGUGGUGCAUUCGCCGCCCUUUUGGUCGCAUUUUAUGUGGGGAUUCCAUCUUGCAUCAUUUUUUACUGUUAUUUUAGAAUCUUCAAGACAAUUCGUACUCACAAUAACAACUUGUAUCACCCUGGUAACGGAAUUAACACUGUGAACAUAAAAGAAAUUAAGGUGGCACGCACACUAUUUGUGAUAGUGGUGUUUUUUAGUCUUUGCUGGGCUCCAGUUUUGCUAAUUGACAUUUUAGACACUAUUCUUGGGAGAUGGACUUUCCCUCGCGAGGCGUAAGUAGCAUACACGUUUUUGGCCAAUAUCAGAAGUGCUUUGAAUCCUUUUAUAUAUGGCGUGCUUAACAAGAAUUUUCGUACGGAUUAUCUUAAAAUGGUAUGCUGA